AUGUCUUCUCACAAGACUUUUAGGAUUAAGAAGUUCCUGGCCAAGAAACAAAAGCAAAAUCGUCCCAUUCCCCAGUGGAUUCAGAUAAAAAUUGGUAAUAAAAUCAGGUACAACUCCAAAAGGAGACAUUGGAGAAGAACCAAGCUGGGUCUAUAAGGAAUUGCACAUGAGAUGGCACACGUAUUUAUGAUGUCUGAAGGUCACAAUC